AGUUUGGAUUGUUGUGAAACAGCCAUCCCCCUUCCCAAGAACUGCGCACGCUCGACAGACUGUAAUGCACCGUCCCUCUCCCAGAAUACACCGGGGCCAGCAGCAUUCGGCCAUGUUUAGAUUAUUUUAAAACAGCAGUAGAAAAAUAUACACAAAGCCUCGAAUACGACUGGUUUUUGGUUUCCUUACUGUUCAGACGGCAUUUUAAUGUAUUCUGGUGUUUAAGACGCCCUCCAGUAAAAAUGGCUGCGAGUGCAAAAGAUGAUGAGUUUGAUCAGUUUGACAAGCCAGGGGCUGAAAGGUCACGGAGGAGAAGAACUGGAGCUGAGGACAUGGACAGUGAUCUUGAAUACGAUUUGCUUGAUGAUGAUUGGCUUUCUACUAAAAAGAAUCCAUCUGACUUUUCUGAUGAAGAGUUGAAUGAUGACCUUCUUCAAAGUGAUGAUGAAGAUCAGAACAUGAGUGCCCAGGGUGUUGCCAUUAGCCUCAAUGUUACAACCGGUCGGGUUACAUCAUUUGACGUUACAAAAAGUGAUCUUGACCAGUCUUUGGAUGAAGCAGAGUACAGAGAAAGCGGUGAUGAAAAUGUGGGUGUUGAAGACUAUGAAGGUGGAGAGGGGUUAGAAGGAGCGGAGGGCUACCCUCAAGAAGAGUAUGCAGAUCAGUACGAAGCCAAUGACACAGAGCUGGCAGGGGACCACAUGGAAUACACAGGAGAACAGGCGGAGGAAGAAAUGUACAACGAUGAAGUGUUAGACAUUGAAAUCAAUGACCCUCUAGAUGAUGAAUUUCAAGAUGAUGACUACUCCCAGUCUUACAGUGGUCAGCAGACAGUCCUGGAGGUGGAAGGGAAAGCUGAAGAGCAGGAGACGCACGUUGCUGCUCAGGGGAGGGGCAUUGAACCUGAAGAGUAUUCAAUGCCUUGUCAGGUAGAGAACGAAAUGGAACAGGAGGUAGAGGCCAAGGAGGAAUCUGAUGAGGAAGAAGAUGAAGACGAGGAGUCCUGUCGACUCCGGUUUAAAACUGAACGAAAAGAUGCAACAGUCAUACGACUGUCCGACGCAGCCAGUAAAAGAAGGAACAUUCCAGAAACCUUGGAGCUUUCUGAAGAAGCUAAAGCAACACUGGUGGACUUUGAAGAAAAAGAGCGUCAGCGCAAGCAGGGUCGCUUUGGGGGAUGGGGGAGAGGGAGAGGGAGAGGACCUUUCCCUGGCUAUGAGCAUGGGGAUUUCAGGAGAGAUGCUGGGGGCAGAGGAAGAAUGAAUGAGCAGAGGCCUCCAUUGGUGACCAUGCCAAUGUCUUUGCAGCACACACCCUCUAGGAUGACCCACUAUCAGCAGCUGCACCAUCAACAGCUACACCACCAGCAAUCUCCCAGAGGCCAUUUCCAGGAGCAGGGCCAGCAGAGACAGUCCCCUCAGCCUCUGAUACCUUCCCAUCCAUACCACAAGUCGUCUUCUCCACAAGGAGCACUCGUUCGUCCACAGGCAGAAGGGUCCUCACCUGCACAUUCUCCACAGCAGCCCAAGAACAUUCAUAUCAACCCGCACUUCAGAGGCCCGGUUUCCUCUCCUGCGCAAGUGCCCUUGAUGCCUGUGCCAAACCAGCCCAGGCCUGCUGUGGUUCCCCAGAGAUUUCCAGGUCCCCCAGAAUUCCAGUCGCCUGUCCCUGGAAACUUUAAUCAGCCCCAAAGGCACCAUUCCCCUGAACCCUGGAGAGGACCCCCGCAGCCGCAAGAGAGGGAGCCUUUCUUUAUUGGAGAGCCAAGGUUCCCAGGACAGCAUAUGUUUGAACAACAGAACCCCCCUCCACUCAUGAAUAACAACCACCCUUUGUCUGGCCAGAAUCCCAUGCCUUUUAACCAGCAAGGGCCUGGUUUUAACCAGCAAGGGCAACAGACAGUGUUCCAACGUGAAGGACCCAUGAGGCCAAACCUCCAUCCUCCGGGUCCCAUGGGCAUGUCUCACUUCAAUCAGCCCGGACCUGCCAAUCCCAGACCUUUUAUUCCUCCGAGACAGCAGUUUCCACAAGGCCCUGGGCAGCCCUUUCCACCACCACACAUGCAGCUUGGAAUGCAGGCACGCCACAGAGGGCCGAUGCACCCUCCUCCACAUUCUCAACCCUCACACCAUGAGCAGCCAGCUCCACACCAUCAUCAUCAUCAUCAACAGCAGCAGCAGCAGCAGCACCCCCUGCACUACAACCACCCAGGUCCACAGCGCCCCCUGCACCUCAACUCGCAGCCUUACUUCAGACCUCAGCUACAGAACAUGCAGCAACAAAUGAAUCUGCGAAUGCAACGCCCCCCGCUCCGCACAGGUCCAAUAAAACCCAGACUUAACACACUGCCUCAAUCUGUAAAUAAGCCUCCAAACCAGCAGGUACAAGCUUUGCCUCCGCGCAACAGUAACCUGCGUGAGCUCCCUGUAGCACCAGCUAAUAUGAACAUUCACAAUAACCGUCCGAUGUCAGCUCCUGCUGCGCAGGUGAGGCCUGUUGCCAGGCAUAUGCAGAAUGUCAGGUCAACAUCCGGAGCCAAGGUGAUGCCUACUGCCAGGCCCCAACUUGCUGCCAGGCCCCAAAUUACUGCCAAGGCCCAGUCAGUUCCCAGAAUGGCAGCGAAGAAUGUGGUCAAAACGGAGACUCCAGUGGCACAGCUUAAUCCUCCACAGACAAGUGAAGUGAACCCGGACGAGGAUGAAGAAACAAGGGUAUACCGUUUAAAAAUAGAAGAACAAAAACGAUUAAGGGAGGAAAUUCUGAAACGGAAGGAGCUCAGAAGACAAAUGCAGGCUGGUGUAAGGAAGAAAGAACUGCUAGAACGCAUUACACAGCAGCCUCAGCCACAGCUAGCAGUACCACUACAGACACCACCACCACCUUUAUCACCCUUCGUACAACCACCACAACAGCAGCAGCAGCAGCAGCAGCACCAGCAGCAGCAGCAGCAACAACAACCACACGCAUUGCAGAUACCUUCAAAUGGCAUUAUGCAUACACCCCAGCCUGGUGCUCUACCCAGGCCAAACAUAAAGAACCAGCUUCUGAUGAAAAAACCACAGGCUCCAGGGUUUGGGGUUCAGCUGCAAAACGUAAGACCCCAGCAAGCCGGGCUCAGUCUACAGAGGAGAAACGUGAAUCCGCUAAUUCCGAACAGACCGGGCCCCCAGUUCCAGACCCCGCAGGCUCAAUCCAGACCUGCAGUAGUGGCAGCUGUGCCAGGACUGCAGCAGAGUGCUCGGGGGGUGUUUGGACAAGGCAGUCCCCAGGAAUUGAAACCUGGUGUGAAAAGGACUGUAAUGCAGAGAUCCAACAGUGGGAGCGGAGAUGGGCCACAUGUUGCUGCCAAAGUCAGGAUGGUCAAGCUAUUAGGAGCGGGGGGAGAAGGAGUUGUCAGUGCUUAUCCAGUGGGGCAGCUUCAGAGGGGUCAGCUACCACAACAGCAAAGACAGCAGUCAGCACGAAAGGUCACGUUGGGAAAGGCAACAGUCCAGCAGCAACUGAAACAGCAGCAAACGCAGUUUUAUCAACCACAUCCAGAACCACAGGGAGUGAGAAACAACCUUGGAAAUCAACCACAAAAUAGGGUUGUUAUGCAGGGGCGAGGCAGAGCAGCAGCAGGCCAGAUGGGCCGCGGCCGCUUGAUGCCAAACAAGCAGAACCUGCGAGUGGUGGAGCCUCAGCCAUGCGGCGUGUCAAUUGAAGGGCUUUCUUCAUCAACUACUGAUGUCCAGCUGAAAAACCUGCUCAUGUCAGUGGGACCCAUUCAGAUGUUACAAAUGCAGCCACAACUAAGGAAAGCUGUAGCAAGAUUCAACAAUCCACUGCAUGCUACCACCUUCCAGCAGAGGUUCCACAGGCACAUGAUAGAUUUGUCGCAUAUCAAUGUGUCGCUGAUAAAUGACUGAUAGAUCACCGCCAUGCACACUGAGCCCUUGGAGUAGUUCAGAUGUAGCAUUGGAGUGGAAACAGAAGUGUCAUUCAAAGAAGAUCACAGACAGAUACACACCAAUCUAACACUGUCACGACGCAGGCUUGUGGCAUAUCAGGACUCUGGAGUCGUCUUUCAAGAGGAAGGGGUGUUCAUCCAUCGCACUGAGGAAGAGAAACUUUUUCUACAGAUGUUUUUUUUCUCUUGACUCUACUCAAGCUCUGAUCAUUAGUAGAAACAGACGUGCAUAUUAAUGCCAGACUUUGUUGAAAAUUGUGACAUCUAUUUACCAGCAAUGACUUAACAAGGAAGUCAGAUCAAGACAUGCUUUCCUUAAUACAAAAAAAAAUACUUUGAUAUUGAAUAACACUAGAUAAUGGUUGCUCUUACCUUCUCAACAUUUAUAAUCUCUCGUUAAUCAGAAAUGAACUAGUCUUAUAAAAGAAAACCAGGUUUGUAGUUUUGGUAAGGUCAGACCCCUUAGAAAUAUCAAAGGUGGAGAAAAAAGUUAGGUUUUUUUUGGUGAUCUUAAAUUCCUAGUUAGCACCAGACCUUUCUGUUCUAUUAGUUGAAAUCUUCAACAAAACCAAUUGGCUUGCACUUUUACAUUUGUGCUUGGCUGCAGUGCUUUUUGGAACCAAUAGAUGGCAAUAUCGGAUCACUUCCUGCCGCCUUCUAUUUUUUUUUUAAAUUCCAUUCAUGAAGUAUUUUUAAACAGCACCAUCUUCUGGUUCAAAAUGGAGAUGUGCAAGCCAGACUACUUUUAUUUAUACAAAAAGGACAUUUUACUUAAGCUUCCCAGGUGGAUAUUUAUUUGGUUACAUUUCUAAAUGGGAGAUGGUACAUUUAGCCUAAGAAUACAGCGUUUAAUAAGACAGUAAUCUUUCUCAAAAUUGGAUCGAACGGUGCUUUGUUUGGUUUUUGACAUGUCAAUUUGGCUAGUAUUACAGCAUCUGGACAGCUGUACAAAGAGUGUUUCUGUACCGACUAAUUUAAAUGUGUCUUGAAAACAGCAUGGCAUAUAGUGUUCUAUUUUGAACGUUGCAGAUGAAAUGUGGACUCUUCACGUAUAGUGCUGGCAUUGCCAGUACAGUAUUUCUGGGAUGUGUGCUGUGGUAGUCUCUAGUCUCUGCUGUUUGUUAUCAUUUGAAAGAUUCAAUGCUCAUUGGCAUCCUAUUUCUUGACCAUGAUUUUUGUUUGUGUGUAUAAUACUCUCCAUAUUAUUUGUGCACUUCCGAAUGGCCGUGCUUCCUGAUUUAUUUACUUUUCAUAUGUGGAGGUGUCCUGUUAAGUGUUUUUAUAAUGACCAAACAGAAGUUUUGAAAUUUGCCAUCUGAGUAUAGUUAUUAAAUUGCCAUGCAACUAUAGUAGUUCAAUUGUUGGCUAGUUUUGGUAUUGUCUCGAAGAUUGUCAGUUUUGUCUUUAAAUCCGAGCAAGAUAAUUAAGAAAACAUAAUGCAUCAGGAUUUCCUUUAGCUUUAAUUUUCAACUGUUUAUUUUACUUUUGUUUUGUACAUGUACAGUAAAUAACUGAGGCUAUUCUUUGUAUAAAGACACAUUCCCUAGGCCUGUCAUCGUAGUUAAUACAAAUACAAAAUAGUAGAGGUCCCUAAAGGAGUCUGGAUUUUAUAAUGUAAUGCACCACUGAUCUAAUGAAUGCAGUGUUCCACAGUGUUUCUCUGCCUGCAUUACUUACUUUACUCUUCUACUAUUUAAAAUAGAGAGAAUCCUACUAGAACCAUUUUAGUACACAUUUUACAGCAGUACAUGUUGUGGACAGGUACAUACUGUAGAGUGACAUAUAGGUCUAUAUACGACAUUUGGAGGCUGUCCAACAAAUGAACAGGAAACAUGUUUUUUAUUUGUAUUUUUUCAAGUGACAUUGUGUUUUUUGCCACUUUGUGUUUUGGAAUAACACUUUAUGUAGAUGUAACCCAGACUUCUAAACUGCAGAAAGAAAACCGCGUCUUAAAUAUGAAUGAUGUUGUGCAUAACGAAGCUAUUAAUGUAUGACUGCUAACAGUUGUACAUGCAAGUGUAUUUGAGAGACAUGGAUUCUUCAAGUGAAGGGUUUUUCAAAUUAAAUAUGUGGACCACUGUAUACAGCUAAGGAUAAAGGGGAAUAUUUGACUUUCUGUAUAAUUACAUAUCUUAGUUUUUUUAAAGUUAGAAUCAUUUCGUUAGCUUUAGUAGUGUUUUCUUCCUCUGGUUAUUGUGGUCUUCACGUUAGUGGUUUUGUGUGUUUCUUCCUAUGAUUUGAAUUUGUUGAUUCUGGUCACACCCACUUGGGCUCUGCUCUUAUAUGUUCUGAAUGCAAUAGGUGUAAAGGAGGAGGCUGGUGUGCUGAUCAGCAUACACUCCAGGGCAGAGGAGAGCCUUUACUAAUAGGGCGUGACCCAGAUCAACAAACAAGACAAUCCGAGAUAGAAUAGGGACAUUACUCCAGUUCAUAUUAAAAAGGGUUUUAAUGUUAUGAAUUGUGUAAACGGUGUGUUCCAGUUACUUUGCUCUUCCCAGUGGGUUUUAGUGACAGCAGUGUGUUUUCAGUAGACAGAGCGUGUCAGUGGUACAGCUGGACAUAGUGUGUGUGUGCGACAGAAUGUGAAAAGAAAAUUACUGGUGCUCGAUCAUUUCAAACCUGUCAUUGAUUCUGGCAUGCAUACAUGCUGCUCUUUAGAAACGAGAGAGCAACUUUACUAAACUCAGUCAGCAUUCAAUAUGUUCAGUUCUGUGUUGGGCACUAUCAGACCUGGGUCAGUUAUAAUGAUAAUUCCAGUUUACAGCACAAUUGUUUGCUGGAAUUACAAUUGCAAUGCUAUUUUUCCAUUAGUUACCAUUAUGCUGCAGUAGCUGUAAUUCUAAUUACAAUUACACUAACAAGUUACUUCAAUAGCUACACACUAACAGGUUUACUCUGUUUAUUCUACCAAGUAGCAGUCACAGGCACAAAUAGAAAUACUAUAAUGUUUUUCAAACAAACAGGGUCACAGAAAGUGGUUGACAAUACGAGAAGAGUGUUCGCAUGCAGCUGUGAACGAUUUAAGCUUGGAAAGUGAUGUAAUUUGAACUGAAAUUGUUAAUUGUAUGGUUAUAACAAUUACAAUUAUGCAGAUGGGCACUGUAUAUCUUUAGCCUUAUUUAGUAGCAAAGAUAAUGUUUGUCUUCAAUAAAAACAAACUCCUCCCUGGACUCUGGCAUCUUAUGUAUGAAACGACCUAAAUACUUUGUGCAUAUUUAUAUAAAUAAAUAAAAUUAGGCCCAUGUUUCGUGAAUACGAAAUGCAAAUAUAUCAUCCCAAUAAUAGCUUUGUUAUAAUCAAUUAAGUGUUGUUUGUUGAUAGUUGUACAAGAUUACAAUCGUUUUAUUCCUUUCAGAAAUGUGGGUUGAUAAUAGAGAGAUUUUCAUUGGAGGUCAUAGCAGAUGUGCAGUCCAAGCAGCAGUGUUUGACUUUGGUAGCCAGAAUCAUUUGUUGAAAACUUGAUUAAAUGAUUCUGGAACUAUUUGCAAAUCAUAAACAAACUGCAAUAUAAGUUUUAAUUUGUUACUGACUUUAUUUUUAACCCAUGAAAACAUACUGUUUUUUUAAACCGGUGCACCGUGCUAUGUGCAGUUACCACACAGGGACACAUGCAAAUACUGCAGAUACAGAUAUUUCAAAUAGAUAUAGGAAGUUUUAUCAGUGUUCAUUUAUUAGUUUUAGUUUUACUGAAACCUGGCUCAAUUCCUAUAAGGUCUGCAGCAACCAUGAUCAGUUUAUUCUUUAUCAUGAAGAUGAAAAAAGUUGGAGAAAUUAUUCUCUUACCAUGUAAAUAUAAGCUAAAAAAAAAACCUUAGGAUUCACAUGCUUAGACAUUUGAUUGUUUAUUUGAACAUUUAGUUUACUGUAAUGUGUAUUUAAUCUUUAAUGGAUGCAACUUCCUUAGAAGUUCAUGUUGUAUGUAUCACACUUAAUUUUAUAAAGAUUAUGUGUCACGAA